GGCUGUUAAGCAACCUCUCCCACAACCUUCUGACGCUAUCAGCGAGCGCCUGGCGCCUGGCGGAGCAGCCCAGAGAGGCCGUGGCAAGAACGAUGCCCGGAGCGCAGGAGGCGCUUCUCCCAGGCCGCAAAGAGGUCCAAGUGAGGGACUCAGACGAGGCCUUGGGCCAUACAGGCAAACAAGCAAUCGCUCGCCCGUCCCCCCUUUAUUUCUCUGCGUUUCCGCGCUGAGCCCCGCCUCUGAGCCUUGCUGGGCGGAGGCACAGCCCACUCGGUGCCAUGUGCUGGAGGUCCUAGGAACAGUUUGAGUAAAGCCGCGGCUUCCUCUUCUCUCCGCUGUCUCCGCUGUGUUUCCGAGGGACCCAUCUCGGCCUUAUGACCACUGAGGCGAUGACGGGGCCCAGCGCCCGCCUCCCUUCAUCUCCAGCGGGGAGGGACUUUAACUGGCACCGCUCUUUAGUGGCGGGAGGUGUUGCAGGAUGUUGCGCCAAAACAACUAUUGCACCAUUGGAUCGAGUAAAGAUUUUGUUACAAGCUCAAAAUCAUCAUUACAAACAUCUAGGUGUGAUCUCUACAUUGUGUGCUGUCCCAAAAAAGGAGGGUUACCUAGGAUUCUAUAAAGGAAAUGGAGCAAUGAUGAUUAGAAUAUUUCCAUAUGGUGCAAUUCAGUUCACAGCGUUUGACCAGUAUAAGGAGAUGAUAAAGAAGAAACUUGGCAUUUCUGGGCAUAUUCGCAAAUUAAUGGCUGGAUCCAUGGCAGGUAUAACUGCAGUAAUUUGUACCUACCCUCUUGAUAUGGUGAGAGCACGUCUGGCAUUCCAAGUAAAAGGGGAUCACAAGUACAAUGGAAUUAUUCAUGCAUUCAGCACCAUUUAUACAAAGGAAGGUGGUAUGCAAGGAUUUUAUCGAGGGCUUAUGCCAACAAUUGUAGGAAUGACUCCAUAUGCAGGUGUUUCAUUUUUUACCUUUGAUACCUUAAAAGGUGUGGGACUUGCCCAAGCACCUACCCUGCUUGGGAAGCCUUGCUUAGAUAAUCCUGAUGUGUUAGUUUUGAAAACUCAUGUAAAUUUGAUGUGUGGUGGCAUAGCUGGAGCAACAGCACAGACAAUAUCAUACCCUCUUGAUGUAACACGUAGACGAAUGCAGUUGGGAGCAAUACUUCCAGAUUCUGAAAAAUGCCUUACAAUGGUACAGACUCUGAAGUAUGUGUAUGGAAACCAUGGAAUACGAAGAGGAUUAUACCGUGGAUUAUCCCUGAAUUAUAUUCGGUGUAUUCCUUCACAAGCUGUUGCCUUCACUACUUAUGAAUUUAUGAAGCAGUUCUUGCACCUCAAUUAAAGACUCUUACAUUUAAUUGAAAAACACCUGUUGUUUUAGUACUGUAUCUGUAAAAAUUCCUGUUUCAAAUAAUUAUCACUGUGGAAUCACUAGUACUUAUAGUGCUUUCUUUAUCAGAAGAGGUAUAGCAUGUAAAUAGGACAGAAAUUGGGUAAGUUAUUUGUUAUGCAAACAUACAGUGUGGAAGAUCAUUGAAGGAAAUAAAAAUAAAUUUGGUAAGCUGAAAUGUACUAUGAAAAGUAGGAGUUCCAAACUUUUGCAUUUUUGUAUUCCAUUUCAUUUCAAGAGUUUGCUUUCAUUUUUUUAUCGGGCAGUUAAGUAUCUGCUUUUCUAAAGAGUUGACUACAUACCUUAGCAUAAGAUUAUAAUUAAUUGCAGAUGCACCCGGAAACCCAAUUAAACUCAGUUUGACUUGCUUCCAAGCAGGAGUUUAAAGUUCAGAUGUCAUUCUGUAGUCCACAAACUAAAAAGUCUGUUACUGAAAUCCCAUUCAUGGAUUACAGUCUUUAAUUUUAAUUUCAGAAUUUCUAAUAUAAGUAGAUAAUAUAACAGUUUGUUUAUGUGAUACAGAACUCAUGCUUGGGUUCUUAUAAGAGGCUUGCACUAGCCCAGUGGAAUGCUUAAUGUUUGUCUUUGAACUGUUCAUUAUGCCUUAUUACAAAGUGGUUUUGAAACUCUGUUAAGGAUUGGAGUAGAUGUGAUGUGGGAGAUCAUGUGGUGGUUUUUGGCUUCUUUUAAAUUGGGGAAGUGGUGCUUUAGGAGGUGUUUAGUCCUUUCCUGCAAUCUACUCUCCUGCCCCCAACCAUUAUUAGCUUCAUAGGAGGCAGGAAAGAAGGAUACAUCUUCUCUGAACUUCAGUCACGUGAAUGUAAAACAAAUAUAGAAGGCUGCUAUGGAUCUCUGUUGUCAUUUCUAUUUUGUUCCUAACUUUCAAAACACUUUGCCAUUAAGCAUGGGGAAAAUUUUUCAAGAAAAUGAAGUCUAAAACUUUCUUGGACUCAUGGAAUUCCAUGAUCUUUGGGAUAAUGGCCCUUAUUUCUCUAUAUUACAAACCUCAAUCCUAUACAUGCCUACUCAGAAGUAUCCCUUUGAGUUUAGUGGAGUUCUGUAUUUUAUUAAUCAGUAAUACUGAAACACUAUAGUCCUAUUUGGUUUUCCUCUUCAUGUGAUGGCUGGCCCUGCUCCUUCUAAUGUGUCUGUUUCACAUUAUGUGAUUAAUUCAUGAGGAAACUCAUUUAAAAAUGUGCUUUAACUUGUUUAACUUGCUGUAGACUCAGUUGAAUUUCUAAAAUGUCAAGAGGGCACAAACAAAUAAAUUAUCUGUAUGGGUCCAGUCUUAAAAUCACUUGAGGCUAAUGAAAGUUGAAGUUAUUUUACAGUUUAUAGCAGCCUUCACCAUCCUGGUGCUGAUGGAAGUUGUUGUCCAAAACCUUUGGAGGGCACCAAUUUGCUGAAGGUUGAUUUAUAGCACCUCAUGAAAUAUAUACAUGAGUAAAAAGGGUCAUGUCUUUGCAUGGGUUUUAUUUUGGUCAGAUUGUCAGCAUCUAACGCAAGACUGACUUGCAUUUUGCAUAUGGGCCAUGAUGCGCACUCUUCUUCCGGAAGAUGAGGGAAAUUAAGAGUUUUCUUAAAUGAAUAAUAACUACAAUGCUACCAUUCUGAAGCAAACAGGUCUUAACUACUUGCAGUAGCUAUGUUUGCACAUGCAACCUGUAGAUUUGGGAUGAAGAACCUGUGCUACCUCAGGUGAUGUUGGACUCCAGCUCCCAACAGUAUGACCAGUGGUUGGGGUUGAAGAGAGUUGUACUCCAACAACUUUUUGAGGGCCACAGGUUCUCUAUCCCUGCUGUACAGUAUAAUAGUCUCCUACACUGAAUGAUUUUUGUGUGUGCCUUCUGUUAUAACUUCUCUGGCAAUAGGAUGCAACUUUAAUAAGCCUUCAUUUAUCUCUUAACCCUGAAAAAAGGCCAUUCCAACAGUGGGGACUUUGGCUUUUCAGUAAAGUUCUAUCCAUGUUGCAUUAUCAUAGCCUUGCUGCCCAGUGUUGAUUUGGCUAUGCCUUUUUUUCAAGUGGACCUGCCCACUUUUUGCAACAAGUCCUACCCAUUUUGCCUGGAGUGAUGCCGCAGGGCAGUUAGGUUAUGCAUGGGUCAGUAUUGGCAGGCCUGGCAAGCUCUUCCCUGAACUUUCCCCCCUUCACUAGACUUCUAAUUUCACCUUCCUAUUGCUAGUAAUAAGUUGUGUAUCUUUGUUAUUUUUAUUUAAAAAAUUGUUUUUGAUUUAUACUCUGCAUUGGCAAAAUUCUGAUUUUAUCACCUAAAUGGUAAAACUAUUUUCCUGAUUUCACUUGUAAACCAAUGUAAUUUAUGUAUUGUAAAUACUUGUACAUGGAGUAUGGAACUGGUAAGAGUUACGUUACCAAAUCUAACAGCAGCUAUAAAAUGGCUUUUGGUUAUGGUUCAUAGCUGGGACAUAAAAGUUCUGUAGUUUGAUCUUUUUUAUUUCAUUGAAUAUGUGUAUUUAGACAUUUGAUAUUACAAUUAUUGGCAGAGAGAUGUAUCUAUUUUAAAAUAAAAUGUCUCAAAUAGCAAUAUGAUGAAGUAUACCAGCCAAUAUCAAUGCAUGUGUUUGAAAUUUUAUAUUUUUUCCAUUUUAUGCAGAUGUAAAAUGUUUGAAAUGAUAUUAAA